AUGCGCUGCCCCCCUGCCUGGCCGCUGCGGCUACUCGUGCCGGGGCGCCCGGCCGCCCGCGCCCCCGGCUCCCUGCCGCUGCCAGUCGGCGCGGGGCUCCUCGGGGGUGCCGGGGCCGCGCGCCGCGGGAGGAUCGCGGGUCCCGGCGGCCCGGGCGGCGGCGCGGGUCUGGCGCGGCUGCUGGGACCGUGGGCUCGGGCCCCUGGCACCUGCAGGUGGCGGCGUGCUCGCCCGGCCGGCGCUCCGACUGCCGCGCUCCGGGCUCCCGGGCGGUCCGCAGCCGCUGCGCGGGCGGGGGACGAGGCCUGGCGGCGCGGGCCGGCGGCGGCUCCCGGGGACGACCGGCGGCUGCGCCCCGCGACGGCCGGGCUCUCUGAGGCCCGGAAACUCCUGGGGCUGGCUUACCCCGAGCGUCGGAGGCUAGCAGCUGCGGUUGGAUUUCUGGCCAUGUCCAGUGUCAUCACCAUGUCCGCCCCUUUCUUCUUGGGGAAGAUCAUUGAUGUCAUCUAUACCAACCCCACUGUGGACUACAGCAACAACCUGACCCGCCUCUGCCUUGGGCUCAGCGGCGUGUUUCUGUGUGGCGCUGCUGCCAACGCCAUCCGUGUCUACCUCAUGCAAACUUCAGGUCAGCGCAUUGUGAAUAGGUUGAGAACUUCAUUAUUCUCCUCCAUUCUGAGGCAGGAGGUCGCUUUCUUUGACAAGACCCGCACGGGAGAAUUGAUUAACCGCCUCUCCUCUGACACGGCACUUCUGGGGCGCUCGGUGACUGAAAACCUCUCAGAUGGGCUCAGGGCUGGGGCCCAGGCUUCCGUGGGGAUCAGUAUGAUGUUUUUUGUCUCACCUAAUCUGGCCACCUUUGUUUUGAGCGUGGUACCUCCAAUGUCCAUCAUUGCUGUGAUUUAUGGACGAUAUCUACGGAAACUGACCAAAGUCACACAGGAUUCCCUGGCUCAAGCCACUCAGCUAGCUGAGGAACGUAUUGGAAAUAUGAGAACUGUUCGAGCUUUUGGGAAAGAAAUGACUGAAAUAGAGAAAUAUGCCAGCAAAGUGGACUAUGUGAUGCAGUUGGCCAGGAAAGAGGCAUUUGCUCGGGCUGGCUUCUUUGGAGCAACCGGGCUCUCUGGAAACCUGAUUGUGCUUUCCGUCCUGUACAAAGGAGGGCUGCUGAUGGGCAGUGCCCACAUGACAGUGGGUGAACUCUCUUCCUUCCUAAUGUAUGCUUUCUGGGUUGGAGUAAGCAUUGGAGGCCUGAGCUCUUUCUACUCGGAGCUGAUGAAAGGACUGGGCGCAGGGGGGCGCCUCUGGGAGCUCCUGGAGAGACAGCCCAAGAUGCCUUUUAACGAGGGGGUCAUCUUAAAUGAGAAGAGCUUCCAGGGAGCUUUGGAGUUUAAGAAUGUGCAUUUUGCCUACCCAGCUCGCCCAGGGGCGCCCAUAUUUCAGGAUUUCAGCCUUUCUGUCCCAUCAGGAUCUGUCACAGCGCUGGUUGGCCCAAGUGGUUCUGGCAAAUCAACAGUGGUUUCACUCCUCCUGCGGUUGUAUGACCCCAUUUCUGGAACUAUCAGUCUUGAUGGCCAUGACAUCCGUCAGCUAAAUCCAGUCUGGCUGAGAUCCAAGAUUGGGACAGUGAGUCAGGAACCCAUUUUAUUUUCUUGCUCCAUCGCCGAGAACAUCGCUUAUGGUGCCGACGACCCUUCCUCGGUGACCGCCGAGCAGGUGGGGAGAGUGGCCGAGGUGGCCAACGCGGAUGCUUUCAUUCGGAACUUCCCUCAAGGGUUCAACACUGUGGUCGGAGAAAAGGGCGUUCUCCUCUCAGGUGGGCAGAAACAGCGGAUUGCAAUUGCCCGUGCUCUGCUUAAGAAUCCCAAAAUUCUUCUCCUAGAUGAAGCCACCAGUGCCCUGGAUGCUGAAAACGAGUACCUUGUCCAGGAAGCUCUGGAUCGACUGAUGGAAGGAAGAACAGUGUUAAUUAUCGCCCAUCGGCUGUCCACCAUUAAGAAUGCUAAUAUGGUUGCUGUUCUUGACCAAGGAAAAAUUACCGAGUAUGGGAAACACGAAGAACUGCUUUCAAAACCAGAUGGGAUGUACAGAAAACUGAUGAACAAACAAAGUUUUAUUUCAGCAUAAAGAAGCAAUUACUGGUAAAUUGAAUAUGAGAGACUUUAAAACAAAACAGUGCUUUUGCGGAAGAAAAAACUUAAGAGACUGAAUGAAAUCUGUAAAUCAUACAUCGAGUUAUUUGAAAUAUGCUUAUUUUUCCAAAGUGUGUAAAAUAUUAUUUUAUUCACGAGAACUUUUUAUUCAGAGUUUUAAUAAUUGUAACUUUCUAAAUGUCUAUAGCACUGAAGUUAUUUUCAGGUUUUGUACUUUUAUCUUGGACUAUUUUAAUUAAUAUAGCAUGGCACCUCAUUUUCUUUUGCCUGCUGUUAAAGGUUGAAGCUAUUGUCAAAUGACAACUUUUAAAAGGGAAUUAUAAACAAAAAGCCUAAUUAUUUUAGGCCAGUUUACCAAUCACUGUGUAAUUCUUGGAUAGUAUUCCACCUGCUUUGAGUCUAAUUUUACUAGGAAGAGUAAUAGAAAAUGAAAAUCUAGCCCUUUGUUUUAUCCCGAUCAUCUCAUGAAGUGACUCUGACUGAUACAUAGACGGAAGCAGUUAAUGUCACACGGAGAGAAGGGACAUUAUUUCUUGCUUGUCUCCUGUGUCUUCAAAGGUGUGAAAGUUUAGGAAUAUAUGUUCCUGUGGGAUGUGACUGUGUUUAAAUGUGUGCAGAUUUCAAUAUUUUGGCACAUGAAAGACUGGUGAGUUUUAAAGAGGGAAGAAGCCCCCAACUUUGAAUAGAAAAACUUCUCUUUAUUCACUUAUUUGUAUGAGUACUUUUGGGAAAGAAGGCAUGAACUGCCAGUUAUUUUUAAGAAAGAUAAAUAAAAAUGAAUUCGACAUUUAAGUUGUCUGAAUGAACGUAUUUUGAAAUAUAUGUUAAAAAUGUAUAAUUCCCAGGCAUUGAAUUUUAUACUCUUUUAUAAUACUUUUGGAAUUUCAUUAAUAAGGCUAAAAUCUGAAGACUAUAACUGAUUUUUAGUCUUAAGACAUUUGAAGAAAGUUUAGAAGUCCUUGCUAUUCUAUCAAAUAACAAGAAACCUUAAGAAUGUGUUAUUCUCUUGAAAAGAAGACAUUAAUAAGGCUUUUUCUUUGAUUAAUAUUUAUGGUUAUAGCUUGAUUCACCUAAAUAUUUCAAAAUUCUGGAUGCUGAUUUCCCCUAUCUCAUAUCAGUGCUGUUAAUUUGAUGUUGCCUCAAGAAAAGGUGCUUAUUGUACAUUGAUGAUGCCAAAACCUAAGAAGUAAUUAUGUUGAUGUGAAUGAAAUGGAAAUUUUCUCAUGCACUAAGUGUUUAUUAGCUCCCUAGUUAUACUGGAAAAAGAAACCACUAUUCCAUGAGAAGCAUUAUAUUUCCUUCUACAUAAAGGAAUUUAUUAAUGGAUAAAAUGGAUCGCAUGAAUGAAUUUCGUGUUCUUUGAAUUAGUAAAUAGUAUAUCUGUGACAAUCAUUUUAAUAAACUAUAUUUGUGUUCUUUAUACAGUUUGCUGUUAUAGUUUGGUUUACAGAAAGCAAACAAAACAUAAUUACAAGGUUGGAUCUGCAGAAAUCUAUAGAUAGAUCCAAGGUUGGAUAUAUCUUCUUGUGCCAUAGAAAUAUUUACAAAAUUUAAUUUGAUUGUUAUAUUUUAUUUUCUGAUACAAGAUGUUCAAUUGUGUCUUUGGGUAACAUUUUAUAUCAUAGAUUAAAAUUUAUAGUGAACUUUA